AUGGCCUCGGACCCCUCUUCGCCAGGGCAUUCAACGCCCCAAACCCCCACCGAAAAGCCAUCUACUCCCCCCGUCAACAUCCUCUCAUCGCCCGUGUCCCGCGUGUACUCGAUCAUCCACCCAGUACUUCUUCUGGCUUUGGGCGCGGCUCAUUUCGAGACAUUAGUCGCAAAUCCCACCAAAGGGCUGCUGAACAGUUUGCCAUGGCUCACCCUUACUCAAAUCCUCUACGUGGUCAUCUGCCUACCCCCCGCCGGGUCAACAGAGACGACUGCGCCCGCGGAUGGAAAGUCGAGCUCCCGAUCACCCGGGCCCGCCUCGCGCCAUGGAAAGCACGGAAAGCGCAAGCAGCACGUCAAUAGCUGGACGUGCAUCUGGUCGCGACUACUACCCGCUUUCCUCGCGCUCGCUUUGACAUUCGCGCUGGCUACUCCAGCCCUGGCGGUUCUCCUCGUCCUCUUCGGUGCUCCUCUCACAACUCAUAAUACCGAAACUAUCCUUGGUGCUGCCCAUUUGGCUGUUCUAUCCGCUACCGCGCUCAUCUACACGCAUGGCCUGGACCGAUCUGUUUGGAACGAAGUCUGGGGUAUUGCUCGUCCCGCCGAUGCGGUAUGGGGUAGCGCAUUAGGUACAGGUCUGGGUGCAUGGUUCGGUGCCAUCCCUAUCCCUCUCGAUUGGGAUCGACCUUGGCAAGCAUUCCCAAUCACAAUCCUUACGGGUGCCUACAUUGGCUACGCUGUGGGAUCUUUUGUUGCCCGCACGCCUUUCGUUUUUGGCAAGCGCGUUAUCUUUGCGGCAGAGGACGUGGAUGAUACUGAAAAGAAGUCGAACUAG